UUGGGUUUUGUGGGGUUCCAAAUUUCUAAGGUAUAUACGAAACUUCUUCUUCGUCUUCCUCCUCCUCCUCCUCCUCCUCCUCCUAGUUUGGUAACUAACAGCUAAAAUCCUCCCACCAUUUCCUCCUACUUUCCCUCUUGGCUCCAUCCAUUUCCCACCAACUCAUCAAAAAUCAAUAUUUCUAUUUUAUUUUAUUUAUUUAAUUAUUUAUUAUUAUUUCAGAGUCGUUCAUUCCGCCUUCUGUUGCAUUAAUUCGACUCGUUUUCACACAAAUCCAAUGUUGAAAAAAAUUAAAAGAAAAGUCAAAAUCUUAAUCACCAAGAGUUUCAAAAAAUCUCGCAAGCCCUAUAAACCACCUCCAUCUUCACCUUCAUUUCCAUCGCCACCAUCUCCUGAAGAAUCCGACACCAUGCCACCGCCAGCACAGUCAGCCCUCAAGCCACCAACCGCCACCCCUUUCCUCUUCCCUCAAACCCAAUCCACAGUCCUCCCUGACCCUUCCCAUUUCUUCUCCCCCAAUCUCCUCACAACCCCUCUUCCCACCAACUCUUUCUUCCAAAACUUUGCCCUAAAAAAUGGCGACCAACCUGAGUAUUUUCACCCCUACCAAAUCAAAUCCUCCUCCUCCUCUCUCACCAUCUCUUACCCAUCUCGCUUCUUCAACUCUGCUUUUCUGUACCAAAUUUUCAUAGCUGAUCUCACCAUCUCUGCCUCACAAAACUCCAAUUCCCAAGAGACGCAUAAAAUCUCUUCAUUCAAUGAUCUCAGUGUCACUCUGGACUUUCCCUCCUCCAAUCUCCGCUUCUUUCUCGUCCGGGGAAGCCCCUUUGUCACCUGCUCUGUUUCUAGCCGCACUGAGCUUUCAAUCUCCACCAUUCAUGCAGUUCUCUCUUGUUCUUCCAGUAGCUCACGCACCAAAUACACCAUCAAGCUCAACAACAAUCAAACAUGGCUUAUCUACACAUCAUCCCCAAUUGAUUUGACUAGCAGCAGCCUGUCAUUGAUCACUUCUGGUGGGUUUUCUGGGAUUAUUCGGAUUGCCAUAUUGCCGGAUUCUGAUCCACAAUACGAGGCAACCCUCGACCAGUUCAGCUCGUGUUACCCGGUUUCGGGUGAAGCUGUGUUCACGAAGCCAUUUUCUUUGGAAUAUAAAUGGGAAAAGAAAGGAUGGGGUGAUUUGCUUAUGCUGGCUCAUCCUCUCCAUCUUCAGCUGCUUUCUGGUGACGAUUGUGAUGUUACUAUUUUGGAGGAUUUUAAGUUCAAAAGCAUUGAUGGUGAUCUUGUUGGUGUUGUUGGUGAUUCAUGGGUUUUGAAACCAGACCCUGUUUCAGUCACUUGGCAUUCAACCAGAGGUGUUAACGAAGAUUCAUAUGCUGAAAUUAUUUCUGCACUUCGGAAAGAUGUUGAAGCUCUGAAUUCAACCCCAAUAACAACUACAUCUUCCUAUUUUUAUGGAAAAUUGAUUGCCCGAGCGGCAAGGUUAGCUUUGAUUGCUGAGGAGGUGGCUUAUCUUGAUGUGAUUCCGGCAAUUAGGAAAUAUUUGAAGGAUACAAUUGAGCCAUGGCUGGAUGGAAGUUUCAGUGGAAAUGGUUUCUUGUAUGAUCGCAAAUGGGGUGGAAUUGUCACUAAACAAGGAGCAACUGAUUCUGGUGCAGAUUUUGGUUUUGGAAUUUAUAAUGAUCACCACUAUCAUCUGGGGUACUUUCUUUAUGCCAUUUCGGUGCUUGCAAAGAUUGACCCUGCAUGGGGAAGGAAGUACAGGCCUCAAGCUUAUUCGCUUGCGGCCGAUUUUCUGAGCAUUGGUAGGCGAUCAAAUUCACAUUAUCCUCGUCUGAGGUGCUUUGAUUUGUACAAAUUACACUCGUGGGCAGGCGGGCUAACUGAAUUUGCAGACGGGCGGAAUCAAGAGAGCACAAGUGAGGCAGUGAAUGCUUAUUAUUCAGCUGCAUUGAUGGGGUUAGCCUAUGGAGACACUCAUCUUGUGGCCACGGGAUCAAUGCUUGCAGCAUUGGAAAUUCAGGCGGCUCAAACGUGGUGGCACGUAAGAGAGGGAGAUAGCAUGUAUGGGGAAGAUUUCACAAGAGAAAAUAGGGUGGUUGGAGUUCUGUGGGCUACCAAGAGGGACAGUGGUCUUUGGUUUGCUCCUCCAGAGUGGAGAGAAUGCAGGCUUGGAAUUCAGUUGCUACCACUAUUGCCAAUCAGCGAGGUCUUGUUCUCUGAUGUUGGCUUUGUUAGGGAUCUUGUGAAGUGGACCUUACCAGCUCUGAGUAGGGAGGGAGUUGGAGAAGGAUGGAAAGGGUUUGUUUAUUCCUUGGAAGGGAUUUACGACAAAGAAGGUGCUUUGCAGAAGAUAAGGAACUUGAACGGUUACGAUGAUGGUAACUCACUUACAAAUUUGUUGUGGUGGAUCCACAGCAGAGGUGAGGAAGGAAAUGAAUUUGAGGCUGGAGGGAACGUAUGCUGGUUUAGGCACUAUCACUGAGUUUGGUUGUGUUAUGAUUGUGAUUGUGAUUGUGAUUUUAUUCUUUGUUGCAGACAUUGAGCAGUUCUAAAUGCCUUGUGAUUUACUAUCGUGUUUUCAUUGGCUUUCAUUUGUUCUUCCAACUGAUUGUGAGCUUUAUAUGUAUUUCUUUCCUGUCGUUGAUGAAACAUUUCUCGUUUUAGAUGGCUUUUAUGAAA